GCUACAGCGGGGAAUUCAACGGGUAGACACACAACACGAAUGACCUGACCUGACAAGACAAGAGAGUUUCAAAAUUUUCGUCUGUUUGAAGCUGCUGUCCGCUGUCUUACGUGGAGUCACUUUAUUUAACUGCGCUACAACUUCUGGAGACUACCAACUCCUCUGAGAGUGGUAUAUUUAUUCAAACGAGUCUCGUUUCAUCAUUUGGAGGCUCGUGAAACAAACCAGAUAUGUCUCUUUUACAACAAACCAGGCCUAAUUUUGGAGAUGAAAAUGCAGAAGGCCCGAGGAAGACAAAGGGACUUUCAGUUAAAUCUUCAAACCAAGCUGCUCCAAAGCGAACAGCCCUCGGCACGAUAACAAAUCAAGUUAGAAAGCAACCGUCUCGUGCUGCCAAGGGUAAUUAUUCCACGGGUCAAGAUGAAAAUGGCUUCGCACGUCAAAAACCUUUCGCAGAUGCUCCCCAGGGAUUUUCAAUCUUUGUCGACGAAGAACCAACUCUACAAGCUCUUAAACCAGUAUCUGUAUGUCACUCGACUGAAUCGAACACAUCGGGCAUUAAGCUAUCGGACGCAGUGACUUCAUUACCCGAUGUUUCCUCAACGCUCUCGUCACUUCAAGACAAUGCCAUUCAUGUUGACGAAAUCGAUUCACCCAUGGUAUUGGACACAACACUUGAUGAAUCAUCAGUAUCCAAACCUUUGGACAGAGAAGCUGUGAUACUCACUGUUCCAGAAUAUGCAGAGGAUAUUUACAACUACCUCAGGGAAGCCGAGCUCAGAAACCGUCCCAAACCAGGCUACAUGAAGAAGCAGCCCGAUAUCACCAACUCGAUGCGCAGCAUCCUUGUUGACUGGCUGGUAGAGGUGGCAGAAGAAUACAAACUACACAGGGAGACAUUGUUCCUUGCAGUCAACUACAUUGACCGAUUCCUCUCUCAUAUGUCUGUCAACCGAGGCAAACUGCAGCUUGUUGGUGCUGCUAGCAUGUUCCUUGCUGGGAAAUACGAGGAGAUCUAUCCACCAGAUGUUGCUGAAUUUGUCUACAUUACCGAUGACACGUACACAGCACAACAGGUUCUACGGAUGGAACACCUUGUCCUAAAAGUCUUAUCUUUUGAUGUAGCUGUACCAACAACAAACUGGUUCUGUGAUAGAUUUUUAAAAAUCAGCAAUGCAGAUUCCAAAACUGAACACCUUACCAUGUACUUGGCCGAACUGACAUUAGUUGAAUGCGAGCCCUUCCUUAAAUAUUGUCCCAGCCUACUGGCUGCAACAGCGCUGUGCUUGGCCAACUACACUCUCGGCAAGGAGGCAUGGCCAUCAUCACUAGAAAGUCAAACAAGGUACAGCCUCACACAGCUGUCCGAAACACUCAAACACCUAUACAGAACUUUCUGCAAUGCAUCAAGUCAUCCACAGCAAGCCAUCAGGGAGAAAUACAGGGCACCAAAGUACCAACAAGUUUCAUUGCUCAGCCCACCAGAGACCCUCUCCCUUGUGCCAUGAAAAGGCUGCCAGUAUUAACCCCCACGAGCUUUCAGAGGCCAUACAAAUAUCAUUGUACAUUGUACACCAUCAUCUCUUCAGUGUGUUCAUAGACUCUAUCACGAGCCAACCCAGUUGUUUAUAUCCUCUUAUUUAACCUUUUAGUUCAUCUGGAAAUUCAUUUUAUCAACCAUGUCAUGCUUGUCCGUGCAAUAAUGCAUUUCAUAAUCUGGAAUGAGAGAAUCGGGAGUGACUGAGUGAGCGCUUGAUGAAAUGUGUCCUGAAUGCUUUUACAAAUUUACGUUUUAUAUGGCACUGUACAUAUGGCAUGCACAUGUAAGUUUUAUUCAUGAGAAUUUGUUUGCAUGAAUUGAAUCAGGUCAAACUACCCAAAAUCAGGUCCUGCAAUUUUUAACCCAAGAUCUUAACGUAACUUUUAUAUAUUUUUAACGACGUAUGUUUUGUAUGUGACAUUGACUCUGAACAGUAGACAUAAUCACGACAAAUUUCAAAUUGACCUGGCUUGAUGAUAUUCAUUCAAACCAUGCUCUUCCCCUUGGCUUUAACUGAAUAAAACAUUCCUGAAUUCUUUUUAUUUCGUUUUCUUAACUUACCUUCUUUUUCUGUCCAUUUCCCUUUUUCAUAGACCAGCUGAGGUUAUCUUACUUUUCGUCUGUCCUCUGUUUCCCAACUUGUCCUACCUUUGUUCUAUCAAAUCUAGUGCUAUUCCGACAUCACCCAGUUAUGGUGCAUCAUGUACAGUUAAGUUUCAGGAGUUAAGGAGGACCAUGUACAUUUUACUGUAUUAUUUUAGGGCAUCUUAUAUGUAAGAUGUUAUGUAUAUCAACUGAAUAAAGUGUACAAAGUAUGAUAAA